AUGGUGGACCAGCAGCUAGGGGAGCAGCAGACAGGGGAGCCGCAGACAGGGGAGCAGGAGCUGUGGGGAAUCAGAGAUGGUGGUCGUGUGUUGGCUUCUGGGACGAUCACUGCGCCACUGCGUCGCUCCACUCGCAUCACCCGUGGUAUCCCGCCUCUUAAAAUCUCUCUCGCCGUCGUAGUGCUCUCCAUAAUAUUCCUUCAGUAUUCUCGUGUUCAUUUCUUCGUGUGUGCGACGACCGACGAGUGCAUAAGCGACACGCAGGUGUGCGACGGGUCGCCCGACUGCAGCGACGUGGACGCGCCUUCCGACGAGGACGCCGCGUUCUGCGCGACGUACGAUUGCCCCACCGGAUGGAGCAAGUGCGACGAUGGCGUGCAAUGCUACGAGGAUAGUCGCAUGUGCGACGGUACGCGCGACUGUAACGAUGGGAGCGACGAGGAGGGUUGUGACGCUGAUGAGGGUGGCACGACCCCUGAUACGGGGACAGCUGAUACGGGAACGACUGAUACGGAAACGACAGAUACGGGAACGACUGAUUCGGGGACGGCUGAUACGGGAACAACUAAUACGGAAACGACUGAUACGGGAACGACUGAUUCGGGGACGGCUGAUUCGGGGACGGCUGAUUCGGGAACGACUGAUUCGGGGACGGCUGAUUCGGGAACGGAUGAUUCCGGGACGGCUGAUUCAGGAACGGCUGAUACGGGAACAGAUGAUACGGGAACGGAUGAUACGGGAACAGAUGAUUCGGGAACGGAUGAUACGGGAACGGCUGAUACGGGAACAGAUGAUACGGGAACAGCUGAUACGGGAACAGAUGAUACGGGAACGGCUGAUACGGGAACAGAUGACACAACAGCACCAGUUGAUGAAACUGGAACUGGCGAAGGAACAUCGACGGAUGGGAGCCUUCCGGCAGAUGAAACUCCUCCUGGAGAUGAAACCGCAAACACAGGAGAUGCAACUCCACCACCUCCGCCGGCGAACGAAGACACGACCCCCCCAGAAGAUGUAGCUCCACCUCCGCCGCCAGCUGACGUGGACAAUCCAGGUGGAGAUGAAACCCCUGGUGGUGCUUCACCAGUGGAGAUGAGGGAGGAAGCGGAGAGGAGGGGGGGAGUGGAGAGGAUGGGGGAAGCGGAGAGGGAGGGGGGAAGCGGCGAGGAGGGGGGAAGCGGCGAGGAGGAGGGAAGCGGCGAGGAGGGGGAAAGCGGCGAGGAGGGGGGAAGUGGCGAGGAGGAGGGAAGUGGCGAGGAGGGGGGAAGCGGUGAGGAGGGGGGAAGCGGCGAGGAGGGCGGUGAGGGAGGAGGUGAAGAGGGAGGAGAGGAGGGAGGGGAGAGUGGAGAAGGAGAGUCAGGAGAUGGUGAGGGAGAUGGAACAGAAGAGGGUGGUGAUGGGGAGGGGGAGGACUCAGAGGAUGAAGAGUCGGGUGAAUCUGAAGAAGAACCUGAGACGCCGCCACCCCCCCCACCUCCACCUGAGAAGCAGCUCUCCCCUCUGGAGCAGAAAAAGCGGGAGUAUCAGAAGGCUGCUCAGGCAGCCGAGGCUGCAAAAACCGAUGCUGAAAAGGCGAAUGCGAUUGCGCAGCAGAGGGAGAAAGACGCAGAGGCCGCUCAAGCACGGGCAGACAAAAAAGCAAGAGAAGCCAAAAGUUCAAGAGGCGGGGCGAGUGGGAAGAAGAGGCGGGAGGAGGCGAAGCAAGCGCAGAAAGAGGCAGAUGCUGCAAGGGCCAGAGCGGACCAGGCGAGAGAGGAGGCAGAUGCAAAGGAGGAAGCGGCUGGGGAGGCUGCUAAUGCAGUGGAGGAGAAGCGGCAAGAGCUUGUGAACGAAGCAGAGAGGAGCAAACCGGAGCUAGAAGAUAAGAAGAGGCGGGGGACGGCCCGAAAGGACGCGGCUCGAGCCGAGCGCGAUGCGGCUAAGGAGAAAAAGGAGGAGAAGAAGAGGACGUUCAGAGAGAGGGUGACUGCGGCCCGGCUAGCCCAGAUGGCUGAAAAGGCCAGUGCUGCCGCGGCUGCUGCAGCAGAGAAGCAGGCUGCAGCAGAUAAAGCGCUGGAGGAUAAGCGUGAGGCGGAUGCUGAGGUGGACCGGCUGGUUUCAGCUAAGAGUCAGGCGGAGGAGGUAGUGAGAGAGGCUGGGGAAGCGCAGGCGGCGGCGGAAGCGGCGGCUCGAGAGGCGGUGGACGCCGGUGAUGAGGGGUUGAGUGCGGUGAAGUGGGCGGAAGCCGCGGAUGCGCUGGGGUUGAAGUGGGUGAAGCAGGCGGAGGUGGAGAGAGUGAAGAGGGAGUUGGUUGCGGCUAAGGCGGCAGCUAAGCUAGCUGCCAAAGAGGCUGCGGUGAGGCAGCAGGCGGCUGCUCGGGCGGCGAGUGAGGCACAGAAAGUGGGUGGCAAAGUGGGUGGGGGCGGUGCGGGUGGUGGCACUGGUGGUGAUGCUGGCGGUGACGCUGGUGAUGGUGAUGCUAGUGGUGAUAGUGGUGGUGAUGGUGGCGGUGAUGGUGGCGGUGAUGCUGGCGCUGAUACGCGCUCGUCCGGGCGCCUUCCUGCUGCCCGCAGCUCUCAUUUCCCCUUGCCCUCCGUUCCCCCGUGCUCGUUCCUCCGCAGGUGGCGGCUCAACUCAACUGCGGUGACCUGGUACGCCCCCCACCCUGCUCCCUCUCUGCUCCCUCCCGGCUCCCUCCCGUCUCCCUCCCGGCUCCCUCUCGGCUCGCUCUCUCUCGGCUCCCUCCCUCUCUGCUCCCUCUCUGCUCCCUCUCUGCUCCCUCUCUGCUCUCUCCACUCCUCGCUACUCCCCGCCCUGCUGCUCCCCUCCUGUCCCUUCCACACGUUCCCUCUUCCCCGUUUCCCCCAUCGCCACCACUCCUCUCUCCUGUCUCGUGCACUGCCUCACUCUCACAAGCUGUGUGACGGGACGGCCGACUGCAAGGACAAGAGCGACGAGGCCGCGUGGUACUGCAACCCGCUUGACUGCACCGACCCCGACACCACCGUGGAGUGCGUGGGCACCGACUAUUGCGUGAAGCCCUCUCAGGUGUGCGACGGCAUCAUGCAGUGCCCGGGCGCCAUCGACGAGUCCCCCGGCUUCUGUCUCGACCACCGCAGCUCGGACUGCGAUUACGACCAGCUCAAAUGCACCGCCACCUCCGCGUGCAUCAAGGGGUACAUGUGUGACGGCGUGCCCAACUGCCCUAAGGUGAAGAACGCGAGUGGAGUGUUGAUAGCACCGGACGAGGACUCCAAGUUUUGCGUGGUGGAGUGCGUGGGCACCGACUAUUGCGUGAAGCCCUCUCAGGUGUGCGAUGGAAUCAAGCAGUGCCCAGGUGCCAUCGACGAGUCCCCUGGCUUCUGUCUCGACUACCGCAGCUCCGACUGCAACGAGGACCAGCUCAAAUGCACCACCACCUCAGCCUGCAUCAAGGGGUACAUGUGCGACGGCGUGCCCAACUGCCCCAAGGUGAAGAACGCGAGUGGAGUGCUGAUAGCUCCAGACGAGGACUCCAAGUAUUGCGUGGCUUAUGAGUGUUUGGACGGGUUUCAGAAGUGCGGCGACGGGAAGCAGUGCGUGCGCAUAGAGGCUUUCUGCGACGGCAAAAAGGACUGCCUUGAUGGGACCGAUGAGGUCGACUGUGCUUCCACGGACACGGGCAGCUCGGGCAACACCGGAACAACCGGCAGCAACAGCAGCACUGGCACCACGGGCAGCACGGGAAACUUUGGCAGCACAGGCCCUUCAGGAGGCAGCUCGAGCGUGCAGCAACUAAAGGCCCAGUACCAGGCAGCAGUCACUGCUCAAGGCAAGGCCAAAAAGGCUACUGAUGCCGCGAAUGCCAAGGCGGGACGGCUGGAGAAAGAGGCGAAGGCUGCUGGGCUUCAAGCAGACAAGUUGCAGCGGAAGGCAGACGCCGCGGUGGCUUUGGCCGAGAAGAAGACAGAGGCUGCUAGGCAGGCUAGUGAGGUGGCUGCAGCGAAACAGGCUGCCGCUGCUGCUGCGGAAACAGACGCUGAGAGCAAGGAGCAGGCGUAUGAGAGCGCGAAAGACACGGCGAAUCAGCUGCGGGCGCAGCUGAAGGGGACUGGCAAGGCGCCGAAGGCAGGGAGCUUGAAGGCCGGGAGCUUGAAGGCCGGGAGCUUGAAGGCCGGGAGCUUGAAGGCAAGGGGCUCCGUGGCUCCUGCUGGAUAA